CGGUGACGUCCCGUGACGUGACGUGGCGGCGAUGCGCUGCUGUGUUGAUGGCGGCGGCGGCGGCGGCCGAAGGGCGGCGAGGAAUCCGCUGAGCCGACAUUUCGAGGCGGAGACACGACCUCCCGCGGCCGCCCCGGGAGCAUGGUGCUAGGGCACAGUUUCUUUGGGUAUUUUCUGUAAAUGGAUCGCAGCAUCAUGUCAUUUAUCGAAGGAGUUGGUGAUGAAGUCACAGUUCUUUGUGGAAUCAUUCUCCUGGUACUGGCUCUGGUUCUCGCCUGGCUCUCCACGCACGUCGCUGAUCGCAGCGAUCAAAUAUUUGGGACCAUCGUUACCACAGGGAACUCGCCACUGGUGGGUCUGAGCGGCGUGGAGAGGUAUGUAGCCAAUGCAGCGGCCCCUGAGGUUGACGAAACCCAAACGGCAACAGCCUCGGCCGAGCAGAAACCAGAGGAGGAAGGAAACUCCGGCUUGGGAGCAUCGCCAGGGAACAACGGACCCACGAGUGAGCAGCUGCCUAUCGAAGGAGCUUCCAAUUUAACCGAGUCGAGUCUUGAUCCUCUUUUGAACAUACAGGGGUUACGCAAACGAACAUCGUCUGGCGAGAUUAGCACCGGAGACGGACUUGAUCAAGGAAGGCUUGAAAACUGUAAUGUUAACACUCACACUGUGGACAGUAGUGAGGAGGGUGAUGGGCAAAUUAAAGUGCGUCUGAAGUUUUUAAAUGACACAGAAGAGGUUGCACGAGUGAAACCAGAAGAUACCAUUGGUUUUCUGAAGAGUAAAUAUUUCCCAGGACAAGAGCAACAAAUGAAGUUAAUUUACCAGGGCCAGCUCCUGCAGGACCAGUCCCGCACCCUUGGGUCCCUCAACAUCACAGAUAACUGUGUUAUCCACUGCCACAUCUCGCAGACUUCAUCCUCCUCUGACCCCGCUGUUUCCUCUGUGGUGGAGCAGAACCAAGCCGCACUUAACGUUGGCAAUCUGAUGAUCCCGGUUUUUGUCAUCAUGCUCGCUGUAGUCUGGUACUAUCGCAUCAACUACCGCCAGUUCUUCACUGCACCAGCCACUGUAUCCCUGGUCGGGGUUACUGUGUUCUUCAGCUUUCUUGUGUUUGGCAUUUACGGUCGAUAAAGGCGCAAGUGAGUGAUUGCGUGCGUUCUCAUUCAUCUUGAUCACUGCUUAUGAAGUGCAAUUGAAUGUAGUGUUACCGGUCAGUCAAUGUUCAAAUGAAUUGAUGAGAUGUGAUGUGGAACCAUUGUAUAUUUUUUAAACAGGAGUCCAGCUUGGCACUGACUCUUGACACUUGACUUUUGCCAGAAAUCCAUAUUAUCAGCAAUGUACUACCACUUACUGAUCAAUAUAUAUAUAUAAAAAAGAAAACUAGCUCGGAAAAUGAUCAUUCACAACUAAGCAGAAGUUGGGAUAGGGACUGGCUGACUGAGUUGAGUGUUGAUGCUGGUGUCAAAACUGUUACAAGUGACAUGAUAAAGUUUAAUACUGAUAAGUGCAUAACAUUGCCUCCAAAUUGUGUGUGCAAUCAGGUUUCUGCACAUUGCAAAGCACAGAGAAAUGGCUUGGAUCAAGCAUGCAUUUAUCUAACCUCCACUGCCAGUAGUCAACAUUUAAGACAAGGUUAUUCUACAGCGAGCAAAUCACAAUAUUGCUGUAAGGCAUGAUAUAAAACACAAUAAUCAAUCCCUUCCACCCUAAUGUGAAAACCAUAAACUAUGAUAGAUGAACCAACAGAACAAGCCUUUUUUCAGUGGACAAAGGAGGUAUUUAUUUCAUAUUACAAUAUUAAUAAUACCCUCACAAAAGGGAGAGAGGAAUCUUACUUUGUCCACAACUGUUCAAUGCCUUUACUUAAUGGCAGACGGCAGAGGAACCCAACAAAUGAUCAGUUCUAUGAGUGGUAUCUUUUGACUUUUCAAUGCCAGACUAUGUAAUAUUUACAUGAUUUUUAUAACUGCUUGAUCAUAUAAAGGUACCGCAAUCUGUUGUAUUUGCAUAAUUGUAAUAAGACGUGCCCAAUCUGUGGUUUGUUCCCUGAAUGCUUUACUGAUGUUGUCAUAUCAUGUUGCCUUGGGAUUGUCACUGCAGUUACAGGUCAAGAGUUUGAAAGAGGGAUGCAAAGGAGUGUUGGAAGCAGUGUGUAGAAAUUAGGGAGGCAAGAGUUUUAUACAGAAAGAAACAGUUCUACAAUCGAGAGAAAAAUAAGCAGCAAUGUUUUAAAAGUGAAGGGGGGUGGGAAUGGGGGGAGAAAAGUUGAUGUUUUAAAAAAGUUUUACAUAGAAAGGGUUUGAAAAUAAAACUACAGUCAAAAAUGUGCCUACGAGGUUUGUGAAGAAUAAAACUGCAGCAGUGAUUUAAGUAGCAGGAAUGAUAAUAGAUUUUAAGACCACAGCAUAUUUAUUUCAGCAUGGUGUUUUUCAUGAUUUUCUUUAAACCUAGGCUGUAGGAAAUAAACUAUGCCCCACAGCAGUCUCUCUUCACCAUUGAACCUGAAGUUGCUGCAACCAGGAAAAUUGCAGCAGAGUUUAGAGAUCGAUGCAUCCCUGUUAAUUACAGCCAGAACUCAACUACUUUGAAUUGAGGCUCUGACAAGGCCUGCUUAUUUUGGGAAUGUACUCAGAUGUUGUUUGUUGUUGAAGCAGUCAAGUUUGGAAUAAGAGAGAGCAUGACGUGUGGCUGGAAAAGUGAGAUGAGGCAUGUGGUUAAAGGAAAAUGGCAGGCAGUGGGCAGAGAACAGUUUUUGCUGCCUGGGAAACAGUUGAUUAUGAGGUCUGAAAGAGGCUGAACAGGUUCAGAUGCCAGGAAUAUCUGGGUUUUUGGGAGCGGAACUAUACACAAGAGGUGACUAUAGAGGAGGCAGUGACCACACCAAUCAAAAGAACACAGUAGCCAGUUGAAUCUCUGCUGCAUUUUGAUCAUUUCUUUCUUUCAAAUUUUGAGUUUUGAAAUAUUGCUGCUGUUUAUUUUUCAGAUCUGUAGAGCAGACCUAUAUUGCACUGAAAGCAAGGCACUAGGAUACUGAGUUUUAAAAUCUAUAUUUCUGAAAAUGUUCUCCUUUGUUUAGAGAUAACAGCUCAUUGAAUGUAAUUAAAAAUGGAAACCUGUUCCAA